AUGGUGGAUCUUGAUUGGAAUAAUGUGCCCAAGGAUAUGUGCCCCGUGUGCAAGACGGACAAAUAUCUUUCUCCGGAAAUACAAUUUAAAAUUAAUCCAGAAUGCUACCAUAAGAUAUGUGAUGCUUGUGUGGACCGAAUAUUUUCGUUAGGACCAUCUGUUUGUCCGUAUCCUAAUUGCAACAAGAUCUUACGAAAAAACAAGUUCAAAACCCAGAUUUUUGAUGAUAUCGAGGUAGAAAAGGAGUGCGAUAUUCGUCGGAGGGUGCUUAGUAUAUACAACAAGAAAGCAACUGAUUUCAAGAAUACGGAAGAGUACAACAAAUACUUAGAAGAGAUAGAGGACAUUGUGUACAAACUUUUACACAAGAUAGAUGUUGAGAAAACAGAAGAGCGUUUGAAGGAAUACUCGAUUGAAAACAAGCAAUCGAUAACAUUGAAUAAUGUGAGGAGGGACCAGGAAUAUGAGAAAUUCAUAAGACUUCAAAAACUAGAAAAGCAAUACAAAUCAAAACGGAACAAACUUAAUAGACAGAUAUUAUACGAAAAGAGCAAUUUGAAAAAUCUAGAAAAGAUGACUGCAAUUGAUCAGCUUCAGGAAUCGUCGGAGGAGAAGGAUCCAGAGGCAGUGCUUCGGUCUGUUAAAGAGCAAAUGAAGAAACGGUCCAAUAAAUAUAGGGAACAAUUGGAUGAACUUGAAAAGAAGUAUUUAAGACAAAAACAGGCAAUAUUAAGAAACGAAAAAUCGCCAUCAAAGAAGGCACGCGAAGCUUCGAUGAAAACACCUUUCACUCCAUUUAAUGGUGACAGAUUGAGUCCGCUACCAUACAGGUUACAUUAUAGUAGGUACAAAGAUCCAUAUGUUGAGAAGGUUGUGAAGAAUGAACAGUUCAAGGCCGGUGGCUAUAAGAUAGAGCAAUAUUAUAGGAGAUCUUUAGAUGAGGCGUUUACAGGAUUGAAUUGCUUUAUUGAGGAAGAAAAGGCCGUGUGA